AUGGGGACUACAGGUGACGACAUGGCUUCGGUGGAGCAAAAUGCCUCCUUGAACCCUCUGUGCUUCGAGUGUGGCCAGCAGCACUGGACAAGGGAGAACCACCUCUACAACUACCAGAAUGAAGUGGACGACGACUUGGUCUGCCACAUUUGCCUUCAGCCCUUGUUGCAGCCGUUGGACACUCCCUGUGGACACACUUUCUGCUACAAGUGCCUAAGGAACUUUCUGCAGGAGAAGGAUUUCUGCCCGCUGGAUCGAAAAAGGCUCCAUUUUAAACUCUGCAAAAAAUCCAGCAUUCUUGUUCAUAAACUGUUAGACAAGCUGUGUGUUUUGUGCCCCUUCUCUUCCGUGUGUCAGGAAGUCAUGCAGCGAUGUGACCUGGCGGCACAUCUCAAAAACAGGUGUCCUGGCGCUUCACAUCGAAGGGCUGCUCUGGAGAGAAGGAAAACCAGCAAGCUGCAAGCAGAAGCAGAGGGCGAGAGCGGUCCCGGUGGGACGGAGCAGCCCAGCAGUUUAUCUCCAGACGCAGAUCAGGGAAUAGUGCCAGCGGAGCAGAGCUUCACCUCGCCCGCCCUUCCCGCAUGGACAGACGAGCCUGGCAUCGACAAUCCGCCUUUUGAGGAGAACACAGUAGCAGACACAAAUCAACAGCCACCUACCUUGCCUGAAGGAGAGAUCACUACUAUUGAAAUUCAUCGGUCUAAUCCUUAUAUCGAAUUAGGAAUUAGCAUAGUGGGUGGUAAUGAAACGCCUUUGAUCAACAUUGUCAUUCAAGAGGUUUAUCGAGAUGGGAUCAUUGCCAGAGAUGGAAGACUUCUUGCUGGAGACCAAAUACUACAAGUCAAUAGCUUUGACAUAAGCAACGUGUCCCACAACCACGCUCGAGCCGUGCUUUCGCAGCCCUGCUCGGUGCUGCACCUCACCGUGCUGAGGGAGCGGCGGUUCGGCAGCCGCACGCACAGCCACGCGGACACCACCAGCUCCCCGCGCGAAGACAGCUUUCAGGUGACGCUGCACAAACGCGACUCCAGCGAGCAGCUUGGCAUUAAACUUGUACGCAGAACGGAUGAGCCGGGAGUUUUUAUUCUCGACCUUUUGGAAGGGGGGUUGGCUGCUCAAGACGGCAGGCUCUGCAGCAACGACCGCGUACUUGCAAUUAAUGGACAUGACUUGAAGCACGGGACACCUGAGCUCGCUGCUCAGGUUAUACAGGCUAGUGGGGAAAGAGAGAAUUUGAUCAUCUCUAGACCCCUGAAGUCACAGACAGUCAGUAUUAUCCGAGACACCGGGACUCACAACAGCAACGCACACCAACACCAGUCCCAGCAGCUGUAUCACAGCAGACCCAACUCACAUAAGGAUCUCUCCCAAUGUGUUACAUGCCAAGAAAAGCACAUUACUGUGAAAAAAGAGCCACAUGAAUCUCUGGGAAUGACAGUGGCGGGAGGCAGAGGCAGCAAAAGUGGCGAACUGCCCAUCUUCGUGACAAGCGUACAGCCUCACGGGUGUUUGGCAAGAGACGGCAGGAUUAAGCGAGGCGAUGUGCUGCUGAACAUCAACGGCAUCGAUUUGACUAACCUAAGUCACAGCGAGGCGGUGGCCAUGCUGAAGGCUAGUGCUGCUUCUUCGGUGGUCGCCCUGAAAGCCCUGGAAGUCCAGAUUGUAGAAGAACAGCCCCAGGCCAACGAAGAACAAUUGAGUACCGUCAGUGAAAAUGAGUACGAUGCCAGCUGGUCACCAUCAUGGGUCAUGUGGCUGGGACUUCCAAG